AUGGCGGGUACAGUCAAAAAAACAGAUUUGGGAUUACUGGAAGAAGACGAUGAAUUUGAAGAGUUUCCCACUGAAGGUACAUAUAGUACGAGUUUUGAGGGUCAGAUUUCCGUAGAACAUUGCUCAACACGUUUACAUUUACAUAGAAAAAAGAAAGAAUGCAACACUGAUACUGAACAUGUGCUUUUAUAGGGAUACGCAGGUCAGCAUUAUUAGUGCCAUGUCAUUGUCACGUCUGUUAUCUUUUAGGUCAGAGACUUUAUUUUGAAAGUAAAAUGUCCCCAAAUUGUCCCCUGUCAUUGGGUCGGUUGUUAAUUUAUUGGUCAAAUGUGUCAAUUGACAGGCCAUACUGCCUCCGUUCAGGCGAAUGUGUUCCGGUGCUCCUUGUUCCCAAGACAAAGCGAUUCGCAGAUUUCUGCACCGUUAAGUUUCAAGACCAGUUGUAAUCCUGUGCUUGUUAUUUUUUCUCUGUUAUGUAGUGCUUUUAAUCAUAUUUACAUAAUUUUCUAUUUGAUUGUUUUUGUAUUGUAUUGUCUUCUGUUAGUGUCACCGACCUUCCUUGUAAUUCAGCCUUUAGGCUGCGAGAGGGAUACCAAUAAACUAUUAUUAUUAUUACUAUUAUUUUGGCUGUUGUGGCAAAUUUUAGGCAUGGAUGAUGUACCUCAUACCAAAUUUAGGGUUUAUUAAACUAUGUAAUCUAGAAUUUUUCGGUUUGAACACUAAGACCUAUUUUUAUUUUAGUCUGUCGAAAUCAUGAUUUCAUCCUUUUAUUUCCUUCCACUUAAGACAAUAAGAUUUUUUUUAACACACAUACUUUUCACUACAGAAAGUGUUUGUAUCAGCUUACUUAAAAAUAUAAUUACCAGCUACCAGGAUUAUAUUUUAUUAUUUUAAUUGAUGAAGACAUCAAAGGGUGUCAAAGGCUCAUUUCAAGGAAGGGAGGAAAAGAUUUCAUUUCUUCCCUGUUAAUAGAGUGGACGGCUGGAGAUGAAGACCAAGCUGAUAUGCAUGUGUGGGAGGACAACUGGGAUGAUGAUACUGUAGAGGAUGACUUUUCAAAUCAGCUGAGGUAUGUACAAAUACAAAUAAGUGAGCAUCAGCAUAAUUCAGUAGUCACUACUUAAAAUAUAUCAGAUGUCAGUCUCUGAGUGACCUGAACCCAUCCAUUCACACCUUAAACACAGUGUAACAGACUGUGAGUUUUGACUCCGUCAGUUUUAAUGUUGAAGUAGCCCUGGUGAGGUACUUGCCUUGAUUUCAUCGGUUUCCUUUAUUUUCAGGGCAGAAUUGGAAAAGCAUGGGCACAAAGUGGAUCAACCAGAACCAAUGAAGAGCUGA